UCGAAGAAUCAGUUGUUAACAAAAUACAAUCUGUGUGCCGUAUAAAUAAGAAAAGAAAUAACGAAAUAAUUAUGAUAGUCGAAUGGAUAUUAUUAAAGUUAUUUGGUGUUUUGUUUUUCAUGAUAAUUGGAUUAUGUUUGUAUUUUAAGUUAAUUGUUUUUAACUUUUGGCGAAAAAAAGGUGUAUUAUACGAGAAACCAACGUUUCCAACUGGAAAUAUCGCCACUGCAAUUUUUAAUAAAAAAUCCAUUCACAAUAUUUUCGAAGAAAUUUACAUCAAGUACAAAUCGUAUCCUUUUGUUGGAGUAUAUUCGUUUUUCAAACCAAUUCUCGUGAUCAAUGAUCCCAAUUUGAUACGUUUCGUGAUGACGAAAGAAUUUUCAAGUUUCCAUGAUCGUGGAAUGUACUGCAACGAAAAGAUCGAUCCACUUUCAGGACAUUUGUUUCUUUUACCUGGGACCAAAUGGAGAAAUUUACGUAUACGUUUGACACCUACUUUUACAUCAGGAAAAAUUAAAUAUAUGUUUAAAAUUUUACAAGAGAAUGGACUUCUGUUGGAAAAAUUUCUCGAAAAGAAAGCUCGUAAGAAAGAAGAGAUCGAGAUAAAAGAAAUUUUUGCUUGUUUUUUCACAGAUAUCAUAAUGUCUACUGCGUUCGGAAUAAAUUGCAAUUGUCUGGAAUACCCAGAGUCAGAAUUUCGUUAUUGGGGUAAGAGAAUAGUCAAGCCGAGACCUUUCAUAAAUACGAUAAUGACAUUUGCUUCUAAAAUAAUGGAAAUUUUCUCGAUACCACUUAACGAUAAAGGAGCGUCCAAAUUUUUUUUAAAUGUUUUCGAAGAGACUGUGCAAUAUCGAGACAAACACAACGUCGAGAGACGUGAUUUCCUUAACUUGAUAAUGCAAUUGAUGAAGAAUGGAUACGUGAAGAAUGACGAAGAGAACGAAACUAAUCCGGUUAAAGAUACAUCAAAAAAAUUCACUAUGUCGGAAGCGGCAGCUCAAGCAUUUGUUUUCUAUUUGGCUGGUUUCGAAACUACGUCGUCGACGGUGACUUUUUGCCUUUACGAAUUGGCCUUGAAUCAAGAUAUUCAAAAAAAAACGCAGGAGGAAAUCGAUAGAGUUUUAAAAAAACACGGAGGUAUCUCGUAUAACGCUAUUAAUGAGAUGACUUAUCUUCAUAUGGUCGUAUGCGAAACCUUAAGGAAGUAUCCACCUUUACCUAUUUUAAAUCGUAUAUGUACCAAGGAUAUUAAACUACCUAAUUCUAAUGUCGUCAUACCUGAAGGCAUUGCUGUGCUUAUUCCUCUGUUUGGAAUACAUAGAGAUCCUAAUAUUUAUCCCGAACCAGAAAAAUUUAUUCCUGAACGAUUCACGGAAGAACAAAUUCGUAGCAGACAUCAAUACACCUAUUUGCCGUUUGGAGAAGGACCACGAAUAUGUAUUGGUAUGAGGUUUGCACUGAUGCAAACGAAAGUUGCUCUUAUGAAUGCUUUGAACAAAUUUGAAUUCCUACCAGGACCAAAAACUCCAAGGAAACUCGAAUUAAUGGUAGGAACCGUAAUACUGAAUGCGAAAUGUGACAUGUAUCUUCAAAUCCAGCAGAGAUCAUAUUUAAUAAAAUUAAUAAUUAUGAUAAUGGGAUGGAUAUUAUCAGAGUUAUUCGGUUUUGUGUUUCUUAUCGUAAUUACCAUAUAUUUGUAUUUUAAAUUAAUUGCUUUCAAUUUUUGGCGAAGAAAAGGUGUACCGUACGAGGAACCAACAUUUCCAGGUGGAAAUAUCAACGAUACUAUAUUUAAUAAGAAAUCGAUUGGAGUUCUUUUUGAAGACCUUUAUAAGAAGCACAAAUCGCGCCCUUAUGUCGGAAUAUACUCGUUUUUCAAACCAAAUCUCAUAAUCAAUGAUCCUGAGUUGAUACGUUUCGUGAUGACGAAAGAAUUUUCAAGUUUUCAUGAUCGUGGAAUGUACUGCAACGAAAAGAUCGAUCCACUUUCAGGACAUUUGUUUCUUUUAUCUGGGACCAAAUGGAGAAAUUUACGUGUACGUUUGACACCUACUUUUACGUCAGGAAAAAUCAAACAUAUGUUUGAAACUUUACAAGAGAAUGGAAUUCUAUUGGAAAAAUUCCUUGAGAAGAAAGCUCAUGAGAAAAAUGAAAUUGAUAUAAAGGAGAUCUUUGCUGGUUUUUUCACAGAUAUCAUAAUGUCGACUGCAUUUGGGAUAAAUUGCAAUUGUCUGGAACACCCAGAGUCAGAAUUUCGUUAUUGGGGUAAAAAGGUGUUCGAGCCAAGGCCAUUCAUAAACACGGCAAUGAUAUUUGCUUCUAAAAUAAUGGAAAUGUUCUCGAUACCACUUAACGAUAAAGGAGUAACCAAAUUUUUUUUGAAAACUUUCGAAGAGACUGUACAUUAUCGAGACAAACAUAACAUCGAGAGACGUGAUUUCCUUAACUUGAUAAUUCAAUUGAUGAAGAAUGGAUACGUCAAGAAUGACGAAGAGACCGAAACUGAUCUUGUCAAAGAUUCAUCGAGCGAAUUAGAAAAAUUCAGUAUGUCGGAAGCUGCAGCUCAAGCAUUUGUUUUCUAUUUGGCUGGUUUCGAAACUACAUCGUCGACGGUGACUUUUUGCCUUUACGAAUUGGCCUUGAAUCAAGAUAUUCAAAAAAAAACGCAGGAGGAAAUCGAUAGAGUUUUAAAAAAACACGGAGGUAUCUCGUAUAACGCUAUUAAUGAGAUGACUUAUCUUCAUAUGGUCGUAUGCGAAACCUUAAGGAAGUAUCCACCUUUGCCUAUUUUAAAUCGUAUAUGUACCAAGGAUAUUAAACUACCUAAUUCUAAUGUCGUCAUACCUGAAGGUACUACUGUGAUUAUUCCUGUUCUUGGAAUACAUAGAGAUUCUAAUAUUUAUCCCGAACCAGAGAAAUUUAUUCCUGAACGAUUCACGGAAGAACAACUUCGUGCUAGACAUCAUUAUGCCUAUUUGCCAUUUGGAGAAGGACCAAGAAUAUGUAUUGGUAUGAGAUUCGGUCUGAUUCAAACGAAAGUUGCCCUUACGAAUGCCUUGGCAAAGUUUGUAUUUUUGCCAGGAUCAAAAAUGCAGAGGAAGCUCGAUUUCGUGGCAGGAAUUAUAACAUUAGGUACGAAAGAUGGCAUAUAUCUUCAAAUCCAACAUAGAUCAUAGUACUAUUAUUGUUUUUUUUUUUAUUGAAUAAAAAAUGUUAUUUUUUAUGAUAUGAUCAUUAGAUCCCUGAUCUU